AUGUCUUCUUAUGGCAUCAGAGUGAUAUAUGGAUCUUGGUUUGAGCACACCCGUGGCUGGCUGUCCAUGAGAGAAAGUGAAAACUUCCUGUUGCUGAGCUAUGAAGACAUGAAAAAGGACCCAAGAGGAACCAUACAAAAGAUCUGUGACUUCCUGGAAAAAAAGUUAGAGCCAUCUGAACUGGAUAUGGUCCUCAAGUACAGCUCCUUCCAAGCCAUGAAUGAAAAUAAAAUGUCCAAUUUCAAUAUCACCCCAAACAUUAUGGCUCCUCAUAAUUUAAUACUAAUGAGAAAAGGCACAACUGGGGACUGGAAGAAUCACCUUACAGUAGCCCAAGCUGAAGCAUUUGAUAAAGUAUUCCAGGAAAAAAUGGCUGGUUUUCCUCCAGGACUUUUUCCAUGGGAAUAA